UCGGCCACACAUCCUUUCCUGCUACAUCAGCAACAGGUGAGCCGGAAGAACAGAAGCAACGCCCAUCUUCGCCACUGCCCCGGCCGCGUUCACAUCACCACCGCGCUACCUUCACCGCUCGCUCUCAGAUAUGGUUCGUGCCGUCGUAGCCACCCUGCUGGUCGUCCUCGUGGUCGCCUCCUGCGUGUCUGCACAGCUCAACUUCUCUCCCGGCUGGGGCAAGCGAGCAGCCGCAGGGGGAGAGGGCACCGGAAUGCACCCUCCCGCAGGAGCCGUGGUUCCUCCCCCCUCCUCCCUGGCAGGCGAAUCCUGCGGAACCAUCCCAGUCACAACCGUCAUGCACAUCUAUCGGCUCAUCAGGGCUGAGGCUACCCGCUUGGUGCAGUGCCAGGAUGAAGAAUACUUGGGCUAAGGUCCCCCUCCCUUUCCCCCCACUUCACAAUUCCCCCUCCAUGCCGUCACUUCCCCUUACCCCCCCCCCCACCCCACCUUCCAGAAGCCCGCGCGCUCUGAUGACGAAUUCACCUUCGUAUUGUUUUGAAGGAACACUGUGAUUGAAUCGAUUUUUAUGUCAUUUUUUCUCUCUAAUGUUUUACGUCGUCUUUAUUAUUAUCAUUGAUUCUUCCAAAUUUCCACUUUCUUUCCUUUUCUCUGCCUCUCUUCCUCUCUCUCCUUACUGCUUCGAUUCUGUUUCCACGAUUCCUUUUUCGGUAUUUGGGCGUUUUAUCAAUAACCAUCUACCGUUUCGUAAGACUUAGAGAGAGAAGAUAUAUACAAAUAUAUAUAUAUUAAGAACGUGAAAAAUACACUUACAACUCACAAAAUAUAUAUAGGUUGUAAUUUAUCCUUUAUGCAAGGCUGACUCACAAUAUAUAUAUCAUCUUCUCGCCAAAGAUUAUUACAUAAUUUAGACAAACACACAUACACUCUUUGACCCCACUGACCUUUGACCUGACUAAACGUUUCAAAGAAGCUCGUGGUGUUUCUGGAAGUGCUCACGAUAUUUCACUUUGUUUCGCUCUAGAAUCUUGAGGACUGGAAUAUCUAGAUCGGAAAUGUUGCAUCUUAAUAAAUAUGACCGUGUGGC